GGCGGACGUGCGGCCGGCGCAGCCAUGGUCAAGAUCAGCUUCCAGCCGGCGGUGGCCGGCGUCAAGGGCGACAAGGCCGACAAGGUGCCGGCCGCAGCCCCGGCCACCGAGAUCCUGCUGACGCCGGCGCGGGAGGAGCGGUCGCCCCACCCCCGCUACAAGAAGGGCAGCUCUGUGGGCAGCGUGUGCUACCUGUCCAUGGGCGUGGUCGUGCUGCUCAUGGGCCUGGUGUUUGCCUCCGUCUACAUCUACAGAUACUUCUUCCUUGCCCAGCUGGCCCGGGACAACUUCUUCCACUGCGGUGUGCUCUACGAGGACGCCCUGUCCUCCCAGCUGCGCACACGGAUGGAGCUGGAGGAGGAUGUGAAGAUCUUCCUCGAGGAGAACUAUGAGCGCAUCAAUGUCCCCGUGCCCCAGUUUGGGGGCGGUGACCCUGCCGACAUCAUCCACGACUUCCAGAGGGGCCUGACCGCCUACCAUGACAUCUCCCUGGACAAGUGCUAUGUGAUCGAGCUCAACACCACCAUUGUGCUGCCCCCUCGCAACUUCUGGGAGCUACUCAUGAACGUGAAGAGAGGGACCUACCUGCCGCAGACGUACAUCAUCCAGGAGGAGAUGGUGGUCACGGAGCACGUCAGCGACAAGGAGGCACUGGGCUCCUUCAUCUACCACCUGUGCAGUGGGAAGGACACCUAUCGGCUGCGGCGCCGCUCCACCCGGAGGCGUAUUACCAAGCGAGGGGCCGAGAACUGCAGCGCCAUCCGCCACUUUGAGAACACCUUCGUGGUGGAGACGCUCAUCUGCGGGGUGGUGUGAUGCCGCCCCUCCCGGGCCCACCCUGCCCUCGUCCUCUUUCUUCUUCCUGCCACCUCUGGCCGCCUCCACCCCUUGCUUAGCUUAUACCCUGGACGCCUUUCCUUAGAUGUGACGUGUCUCACCGUUCUUUCCAGCCCUGCCCCACCUUCCUGUACCAGCGCCAUGGCCCCUCGAGGCCCCCAUCUCUGCUGACCUCCAGAUGUGGGGAGGGGGAGCAGGCGAGGACUCUGGGUGAGAGGAUGGAGUGGGGCGGGGUGCAGUGGGGGUUGGGUUCAGAAAUACCUGGACGGUGGGAAGGUCCUGAAAGACUUUCUCCUUGUACAGCACAGUCCUUCCUGGGUCCCAGUCCCUCAGCCUGGGGUUUGGGCUGAGGAAGGGUGCCCAGGGCCGGGCCUACUCAGCACAAGGGAAGGUGGCUGUUCUGAGGGCUCUAGGCCCUGUCAGUGCCUUGGCCCACCAGCAGGAGCCUGGGGGUGGGGGGUGGGAAUGAGAGUCAAGCACAAUAGUCCCAAGUGGAACCAAAGAUGCGAGGAGCCAGGGGCCCAGCCCCGGCCCCCAGGAGCACAAGCGGGGUCCCUGCAGCUAGGGCCAGAGCUGCGGGGUGGGAUGGGCUCAGGAGGGUCACUUCUCGGUCCCAUCUCGCAGCCCUGAGACUGAACUUUCAAUAGACGUGAGCUGUGUGUUCGGUCAAGUUGGUGAAGUUCAUUGCUUUCUCCAAGCUUAGAGUUGUUUGUUUUCAAAGAUAAAUUGGGAAGGGAGAGCCACCUGGUACUUGUAAACCCUGCCUCCCCUUCAUUCUGAGUUGUCACCCCCUCUGCUCUAGGGGAACGCAGCAUUUUUCCUUUUCCUUCUCCUUUUGCAUGUUUUUACUGAUGCUUCGAUGUGUGCCCUUGGAGCUGAGCCUGAAGAGGGGGGCUCACCACCUCUGUCAGACUUGGGUGCUCCCUGGAGACGAAACUCUAAAACGCUUUGUAUAUUUUCUCAAGUAGAUCUCUUCAGAAGUGUCUGUAGAACAAUAAAAGAUCUUUUACUUCUGA